GCUGGCGAGAGGGCUGCGGCAGCCACUUUGCAGCCUCGCCGCCGCCGCGGGGGAGAUGGAGGGGCCGGGGCUGGACUCGCAGUGCAGGAAUCACAGCCAUGGCCCCCACCCGCCAGGAUUUGGUCGACAUGGAGUCUGUGCACAUGGAAACAAAGAACUUGCCAAGGCGAGAGAAGCUCUGCCUCUUGUAGAGGACUCUAGUAACUGUGACAUUGUCAAAGCUACUCAAUAUGGGAUUUUUGAACGAUGUAAAGAGUUGGUGGAAGCAGGAUAUGAUGUCAGGCAACCAGACAAAGAAAAUGUGUCGCUUCUUCAUUGGGCUGCUAUUAACAACAGGCUGGAUCUUGUAAAGUUUUAUAUUUCAAAAGGUGCUGUGGUAGAUCAGUUGGGUGGAGAUUUAAAUUCAACUCCUCUUCACUGGGCUGUCAGACAAGGGCAUUUACCUAUGGUCAUAUUAUUACUGCAGUGUGGUGCAGACCCCAGUCUCCUCGACGGGGAGGGAUUCAGCAGCAUCCACCUGGCAGUGUUAUUUCAGCACAUGCCUGUUAUAGCGUAUCUCAUCGCAAAGGGACAGAGUGUGAAUAUGACAGAUGUAAAUGGGCAGACACCUCUCAUGUUAGCAGCUCACAAAGUACUUGGGCCAGAACCAACUGGAUUUCUUUUAAAGUUUAAUCCUGCUCUCAAUGUGGUUGAUAAAAUACACCAGAACACUCCGCUUCACUGGGCAGUUGCAGCAGGAAAUAUUAAUGCCGUCGAUAAACUUUUGGAAGCUGGUUCUAGCCUGGAUGUCCGAAAUGUUAAGGGAGACACACCUCUCGAUAUGGCUCUACAAAACAAAAAUCGGCUCAUUAUUCACUUGCUAAAAAUGGAAGCCAAAAUGAGAGCCAACGAAAAGUUCAGACUUUGGAGGUGGCUGCGGAACUGCGAGCUUUUCCUGCUGCUGAUGCUUUGUGUGAUUACCAUGUGGGCUGUUGGAUACAUCCUGGACUUCAAUUCAGAUUCUUGGCUUUUAAAAGGAUGUCUUCUAGUAACAUUGUUUUUUCUGACAUCUUUGUUUCCAAGGUUCUUGUUUGGGUAUAAGAGCCUUGUGUACUUACCGACGGUCUUUCUGCUAAGUUCCAUUUUUUGGAUAUUUGUGACUUGGUUCAUCUUAUUCUUUCCUGAUGUAGCAGGCACCCCUUUCUAUUUUGCUUUCCUUCUCAGCAUAGCAGGCUUCCUCUACUUUUUCUACAAGACUUGGGCAACCGAUCCAGGCUUCACUAAGACUUCUGAAGAAGAAAGGAAAACGAACAUCAUCACCCUUGCAGAGACAGGCUGUCUGGACUUCAGGACAUUUUGUACAUCAUGUCUUAUAAGGAAGCCAUUAAGGUCACUCCACUGCCAUGUGUGCAACUCCUGUGUGGCUCGAUACGAUCAACACUGCCUGUGGACUGGACGGUGCAUCGGUUUUGGCAACCAUCACUAUUACAUAUUCUUCUUAUUUUUCCUUUCCAUCGUGUGUGACUGGAUUAUAUAUGAAUCUUUCAUCUAUUGGUCGAAUCAUUGUGCCACAACCUUCAGAGAAGAUGGACUGUGGACCUACCUUAAUCAGAUUGUGGCCUGUUCUCCUUGGGUUUUAUAUAUCUUCAUGCUGGCAACUUUCCAUUUCUCAUGGUCAACAAUUUUAUUAUUAAAUCAACUCUUUCAGAUUGCUUUUCUGGGCCUGACCUCGCACGAGAGAACCAGCCUGCUGAAGCAGAGCAGGCAGAUGAGGCAGACGUUGUCCCUCAGGAGGACCCCGUACAACCUCGGUUUCACCCAGAACCUCGCAGAUUUCUUCCAGUGUGGCUGCUUUGGCCUGGUCAAGCCCGGUGCGGUAGAUUGGACCUCACAGUACACCAUGGUCUUCCACCCAGCUAAGGAGAAAGUUCUUCGCUCGGUAUGAAGAAAAGCAACCCAAACUCUCACUCCAAUUUGUUUGUGUUUAUGUUGAUGCACUGAGGUCUGCAAGCAAAAUGAAGACUUAGAGUUCCCGGAGCCCACAGGGAAUCACGGGUGGUUUGUAAAGCCAUUGGUGAAAACAGAAGUUCUCAAUAAAGGCAUUACACUUCUUUAGAUUUAGCAAGAUGGACUGUUCCUGAACAAUCUUCAGACAUCUAAAAAACUUUUAUAUUUUUCACAAGAAAAUGCAAGGUACUUUUUUUUUGCAGAUAAUAUUCACUAAUUAUGGAUAAAAUGUGAUAUUUUCAAAUACUUUAUUGGCUGUUUCAAAAUAGUGCUGUUCUUUAAACUUGUAAUUUUUGAUAAAUUAUUUGUCUUUGUUUUAUCUAUAAAUAUGUAAAAAAAUAUUUAAAUACAUGUGCCUGUUUUGCUUUCACCUUAAUAAAAAUUUUUUUUUGUAGUUGA